AUGGCACCAACAACAACAAUCUAUGACCUCCCCGAUGAAGUGCUGGAUCAAAUUCUUUACUACCUGAGCCCCGAGCAAACCAUACUCAGCAUACGGCGAGCGUCCAAGCGGUUUGCCAGACUAUGCGAAGAACCCCUACUCUGGCGGUACUAUUGUCGCACCGAGUUCACUUACUGGGACACCAAACACCGAAUUAAACAGAAAUUUGGCGGCGACGUUAGCGAUGUGGAAUGGAAAAAGCUUUAUAUUUACCGAAAAAAUAUCGAUACCCGUACCUCUGAGCUAUUAGACAGCAUACUUUCCGAACAAAUAGGGCGCAUAGAUAAGACGAAGGACAUAAGUGAGUUUGGCUACGAUGCCAAAGAUAUUUUGUUGCGAAACUGCCAGGCAGAAACCGAUACGGACGAUGUACUUGCGAGGAGAUUCUACAGCAGUUCUGUCCUCGAUCAUAUCCACAGAGCCAAGGCGCUCGACGAAUGGCACAGACUGAGUAGAGGAGAUGAUAUUUCUAUAGAACGUGCCCUGGGCUGUUUUGACAUGUUUGUGUUGCAUGACCGCAAUGGGGAUCUCUGUGAAAUAUCGGAUAUGCUAGACAAGUUAGCUAAGAAGCUGGAAGCUGCCCACGCUGAUUUCUACGACCUAUCUCAGCGCCGCAAAGCACUUGUGACCGCCCGCUUUCUCAAAGACAACGACCUCACUGGCAUGGCUUCUGAAUUACAAUACCGAGAUCUCAAAAACAACUUUAUUGGCAUUGCGCUACAAGAAGAAAACCACCCUUCGCUGCCACUCAUAUCCGCAGCCAUAUAUUGUGCCGUAGCUCGCCGGCUUGGGCUGGAUGCCGGAUGUUGCGACUUUCCAAAUCAUGUACACGCAGUAGUUUCCCCCAACAAUGGGGAGACGCUUGAUGGGCCACUUAAAAAAACAAGCUUAGGCCCACCAGAACCAAUGUACCUGGAUCCCUAUAGGUCCGAUAGAGAGGUCCCAGUUGAACACCUCAAAAAUCAACUGGUGGCAUGGGGUGUGCAAGUGGAUGAUUUCCCUCGUUUUCUUACCCAUAUGAGCACGCGAAGGAUUGCACUGCGCACCUCGAAGAGUAUACUUACCACCAUCCAUGAGUUUCGAGGCCUCGGUAGAAACGGAGCAAACAAUACUGACCAUGCUUCUAUUAAACUGUAUGGAAACCCAUUUGCUGAUAUGGACAACGCAUUUUACUCAGCUCUCUGGUCGAACUUCAUACUCUCCAGUAUACCCGGACGCGCGGCUUCAAUUGACCAGGUACAGUUUAUUCCUAUAAUAUUAGAACGGUUUGAGAACCUUUAUCAUAUGGAUGGCGUCUUCCUGGAGAAGUAUAUCUGUGCAUCUCCUAGCCUUUUGGUGCGUACCGACCUCGCACGCCUUGUCGAAGCAAUCCGAGUUAUACGAGCAAGUGAUAUCAUGCCGAAGCAACUCAGACGACGAGAAAGCCAAAAACCCCACGGAAAGAUCCAGUACGAAGUUGGCCAGGUAUUUCAACACAAAAGAUACGGUUACACGGCAGUUAUUACGGGAUGGGAUGUUGAGUGUACAAUGAACUCGAGAUGGAUGGAACAGAAUCACGUCGACACGCUGCGCAAAGGACAGCACCAGAGUUUUUAUCACGCACUCGUUGAAGAUACUAGUAUUCGCUGUGUGGCCGAGGAGAACGUGGAAGUGAUUGAACCGGAUAACCCAGUUUCGCUGAUGAGUCUGGCCGGGAGAUUCUUCAAGCGCUGGGAUGGCUCGAGACACAGAUUUGUGUCAAAUAUACGGGACGAAUACCCCGAUGAUUAG